CACAAGGUCAUAAUACAUGUAUCAACUGUCUCAGACCAUAUCAGUUCAUAGCUCACACCCCUUUGCAAUGGCUGCAAUCUUCCAAACACUGCUCCCCAUUUGUUCUUCUUCAAGCUCAAGGCAGACUCCAUGGAAUACUCCCUCCAGACCCAUCUCAGAUUCCAUGGCCUCUUUGCCCAUUUCACACUUAUAUAGGCAGCAAGGGCAAGUAGCAGUCUCAGUUGCCUUCAACCCUUCUGGGAAUUUUGACCUCCCUCUAUAUGAUGAUGAAGAAGACGCAUCCAAGGUUGAGCCUCCAAUGCCACCAAGUGAAGGCAGAUUUGAGAUUGUUAUUGACAAUGAUGUAAUUCGUCGUCUCGACUUAACUCCAUUUCAUACUGUAACUGGCAUUACUAAUCCUUCAUCAGCCAAGCCAAAAGAGUACCUUGAGCGUACAAUUGGCUUUACCAUUAAUUACGCAAGAGAAGAUCCUCGCGAUCCUCGAGAGCUAUCCGAGUUUCCUGAUAUAAGGCUAUGGUUUUUGAGACUUGAUGCUGCUUAUCCUUGGUUGCCUGUGCUCUUGGAUUGGCGAGCCGGAGAGCUAGCUCGUUAUGCUGCUAUGUUGGUGCCACAUCAGAUGAAUAUGAGGAUGGGUGUUGUGUUCAAUCCUGAGGCACUAGAACUGUUUGUUAUGCAGAAAGUUUUUGUUGUGUACUUGUGGCUGAAGCAACACAACAUUCCAAAGCCUAGAUUGAAGACUAGUGACAUGGCUAGAAUGCUCGGGUUUGGUAUUGGAGAUGAGCUUUAUGAUUUGAUUGAUAAACAUCCGAUUUCCACAUCAUCAAAACACAAAGCCUAAAGUCCCAGCUUAGUGUAAAUUUUUGAACUGUGACAGUAUAUCAAUGUCAGAGAGCAGCUGCUACUAACAUC